AUGAAGGCAAACUAUAAGUUCUCCAAUCUCUGUGGCACGGUGUACAGACAAGGAAAUAUUAUUUUUACCUCGGAUGGCAACACCGUAUUCAGUCCCGUCGGCAACCGGGUGUCUGCGUUUGACCUCGUGAACAACAAGUCAUGGACAUUCCCGUUUGAGAACCGCAAGAACAUUGCUGCAAUAGCUCUGAGCUCUGACUCUAAUGUGAUGAUAAGCGUGGACGAAGACGGCCGUGCUUUACUGGUCAAUGUCCGAAGAUCCGUAGUAUUACACCACCAUAACUUCAAAAAGCCAGUAAACGCUAUCAAGUUCUCCCCAGACGGCAAGUUCAUUGCAGUCUCUCACGACUCACAUGUGCAAGUCUGGAGGACACCUAACCACCUCAUUCGAGAGUUUGCUCCGUUCAACCUUCAUCGCACAUAUACCGGUCACCACGAUGAGGUCCUCAGUAUAGAAUGGGCACCAGAUUCAAAAUCUUUCUUAACAGCUUCACGAGACAUGACCGCACGGCUGUUUACACUGGAUCCUGUGGAGGGAUUCCGACCAAAAACCUUCGCCGGACACCGCGAUGCAGUUAUUGAUGCUUACUUCUCUUCCGAUUGCAAGACAAUCCAUACUGUUAGUCGAGAUGGUGCUGUUUUCACUUGGAAGGCCAAGGCGACCGAGUCGGAGUCGGACACAGAAGAUGAAAUGCCAAUGGCAUCUACCUCUUCAGACCCAGGGCACGUCUCAAAACUGAUAGUGCACACGCGAUGGGGAGUUCACAAGCGCAAUUACUUCCAUCAAGCGAACACGAAAGUGGUCUGCAGCGCCUUCCAUCGACCAUCAAACUUGCUCAUCAUCGGCUUCUCUACUGGUGUCUUCGGCAUCUGGGAGAUGCCAGCGUUCGCCAACAUCCACACACUGAGCAUCUCGCAAGAAAAGAUCUCGUCCGUUGCGAUCAACCCGUCGGGAGAGUGGUUGGCGUUCGGCGCGCGGAAACUUGGGCAGCUGCUCGUCUGGGAGUGGCAGUCCGAAUCAUAUGUGCUCAAGCAGCAGGGCCACUAUUUUGACAUGAACACGCUCUCGUAUGCUCCUGACGGGCAGAACGUCGCAACAGGCGGGGACGACGGCAAGGUCAAGGUCUGGAACACGGUCUCUGGCUUCUGUUUUGUCACAUUUUCCGAGCACUCCGCGGCCAUCUCGGCUGUCGAGUUCGCAAAACAAGGCCAGGUGCUAUUCUCUGCAUCUCUUGAUGGUACCGUCCGUGCAUUUGACCUUAUUCGCUACCGGAACUUUCGUACAUUCACCUCUCCGACACCUGUCCAGUUCUCAUGCUUAGCGGUCGACCCGAGUGGUGAAGUGGUCGCCGCCGGCUCGUCCGACUCGUUCGAGAUCUUUCUCUGGUCGGUCCAGACCGGGAAGCUUCUCGACGUGCUUGCUAGCCACGAGGGUCCUGUCUCGUCUCUCGCAUUCUCACCGACGGGCAACCUGCUUGCCAGCGGCUCGUGGGACAAGACCGCCCGAGUGUGGAAUGUUUACGCUCGCUCGCACAACGUCGAGCCGUACCAGCUCAGCGCGGACGCACUCGCACUCGCCUACCGGCCAGACGGCAAGGAGAUCGCCGUCUCCAUGCUCGAUGGGCAGAUCAUGUUCUUCGAUGUCGACCAAGGCAAGCAGACGGGCGUCAUCGAGGGGCGGCGGGACAUCUCCGGCGGGCGCAAGGCCGACGACCGCGUCACGGCGGCGAACAACUCGUCGAGCAAGUACUUUAGCAGCCUCACGUACAGCGCCGAUGGCCGGUGCCUCCUUGCGGGCGGGAAUAGCAAGUAUGUCGCCAUCUACGACGCCCUCGAUGGCGUCAUGGUCAAGAAGUUCCAGAUCUCGCAGAACCUCAGUCUCGACGGCACGGAGGAGUUCCUCGACAGCAGGAAUAUGACUGAGGCGGGCAACACCGAUUUUAUCGAUGACCGAGACGACAGCGACCUCGAGGACCGGAUGGACGUGAGCCUGCCAGGCGUCACGCGGGGCGACAUGUCGAAACGGCGGUACCGCCAGGAGGCGCGGACGAAGUGCGUGCGUUUCGCGCCCACAGGACGCGCAUGGGCCGCCGCGUCGACGGAAGGGCUCCUUAUCUACUCGAUCGACGACUCGCUCGCGUUCGACCCCUUCGACCUCGACCUCGAUCUCACGCCGCAGUCGUUGCUCUCCGUGCUCGCACGGCGCGAGUAUCUGAAAGCGCUCGUAAUGGCGUACCGCUUGAACGAGAAGCCCCUCAUUCACAAAGUGUAUGAGAGCAUACCGAGAGACGACAUCCGUCUCAUGGCGCGGCAGCUGCCCGUGGUGUAUCUCUCGCAGAUGCUGCGCUUCGUCGCCGAACAUCUCGAGAAGAGUCCGCACCUAGAGUUUGACCUCAUGUGGGUGAAUGCACUUCUGCAUGCCCACGGCCGACACCUACGUGACCGUUCGGGAGAGUACGCUAGCGUCUUCCGGCUGGUACAGAAGGGAUUGAUGGAUGCCGAGCGGUCCGUCAACAGGCUGUGCGAUGAAAACAGUUCAACUCUGUCGUAUCUCCUAGAUCAGUCAAGAGCUGUGCAAGAUUCAGACAUUCACAUGGGAGACGACUUGUCGUAAUCUAGCAGCUGUCCUGUACUACUGCUACGCCUUACAAACAUGCAUGCUGUGUGCGUUCUUAGGAGCCUGCGAAUUAUACACCAUGAACCGC